UUGGUUCAACCGGCAUUUAUUUUGGGCUGUAGCAGGGGUAGGAUUCGUACAGAGGGGGCAAGAACUCUCCACUCGCUACAGCUUGUCCAGUCCCUCAUCCCUCUGCAGCCUUCGGCCUCCUCUGGGUAUGCUUUCACCAGCAAAAUGACUGUGGGGAACAUGGAGAGUGCUCAACUGUUUGAUGCUGGCAACAAAGGUCGAGGCCUGAGGGCCACCAAAGAGCUCUGUGCUGGGGAAGUGGUCUUCGCCGAGCCCAGUUUCUCUGCUGUGGUCUUCGACAGUUUGGCCACUCAGGUGUGCCACAGCUGUUUCCGGCGCCAAGCCAAACUGCACCGCUGUGGCCAGUGUAAGUUCGCCCAUUACUGCGAUCGCACCUGCCAGACUGCAUGCUGGGAUGAACACAAGCAGGAAUGUGCAGCCAUCAAGAAGAUGGGCAAGGGGCCCGGCGAGAACAUUCGUCUGGCUGCUCGUACGCUGUGGCGUAUACACAAGGACUCAGGCAUUGUGUCAGACAGUCAGAUGGUCUCAGUGGACCACCUAGAGGACCAUGUGGCUGAUCUACCUGAAGAAGACCUCAAGCAGCUCAAGGCGGAUGUGCACACCUUCCUGGAAUACUGCUCUUAUGGAAGAAAGCAGCAUUCUGUCGAGGACGUCUCACACAUCCUUGGCAUUAUCAAGUGUAAUGGAGUCACACUGAGUGACCAGAGAGGCCUGCAGGCUGUGGGCUUGGGUCUUUUCCCCAACCUUUGUCUGGUCAACCACGACUGUUGGCCCAACUGCAGCGUCGUUCUCAACCAUGGCAACCAGUCAGCAGUGAGUUCUGCUCUCCACUCUCAGAGGCGGAUCGAGCUGCGAGCUGUGGGUCACAUCUCAGAGGGUGAGGAGCUGACUGUGAGCUACGUGGACUUCCUCAACCUCUCCACUGACCGCCAGAAGAAGCUGCAGGAGCGUUUCCACUUCCAGUGCCGCUGUGAACAGUGCAGUGAGCACGCCAAGGACCACCUGAUGAUGGCUGCGGCAGAGCGCGAGGGGAACAAACCCUCGGCUGAUAAGGUGAAAGAGGUGACCGCGUUCAGUAAAGAAUGUGUGGAGAAGAUCGAGAGGCUCCGCAUUGAGAAGGACUACCACGAGGUUGUGAGGAUGUGCCGUGAUUGUCUGGAGAAGCAGAGCGAUGUCUUAGCUGACACUCACCUGUAUGUGCUGCGCGUGCUCAGCGUUGCCAGCGAGGUGCUCUCGUACCUGCAGUCCUUCUCUGAGGCUGCAGGCUACGCCCGCAGGAUGGUGGAGGGAUACAUGAAACUGUACAACCCCAAUAAUGCUCAGCUGGGCAUGGCCAUCAUGCGGGCAGGUGUCGCCCACUGGCAUGCGGGGCAGAUCGAAGUGGGUCACGGCUUCAUUUGCAGGGCCUUUGGCAUCCUCAUGGUGACACAUGGACCCAACCACCCCAUCACCAGAGACCUGGAGUCUAUGCGCAUGCAGACUGAGAUGGAGCUGAAGAUGUUCAAGCAGAAAGAAUGUGCGUACCACACCACAAGGGACGCUGCUCUGAUGACGCAGCCCAUGAUCAGCAGCUUCUAAGCUGAAGGCCUCCUUCGCAAGAAUCUACACCACUGAUGAAAAUAAAUAGAGAAAUGAGAUGAAAAUUAUACGCAUACAUAGUCAUGGUUAGUCAAUUUGCAUUGUGGGAACACCUGUGCUCUGCUGCCUCGCCUCUGACCCUUAUAAACUGGGGAAGUCCUUUUGUGUGCAUGAGGUUUGACCUUUGCACCUCAAGACAAUUCUCCAGGGGAGAUAACGCUUGAGCUUCCACACAUACAGAAAGCCAAGCAAAGGGCAAAGUCCACCCAGUAUGGUAUUAAUUAACUAUAGUGGUUAGAAUAAAACAGUCCCUUAGCUGACAUAUUUCCAACACAAGAACACACUUAUUUGAAGUAGUGUAUAGAAAGAAAUCCUAUGAAAUAGGAUGUUUUAUUGCUGACACAAAGAUGGAGAGAAAAACGUAGAAUCUAAGCAGGAAACACAAAUUAUUAUACAAACAGUAUCAAAACAUUGAAAAUAGAAGCUUUGUGGAUCACAGUAAGCCCUGAGAAGCCAUCUGUGCAUGAGCAUCUGCAUAGAGGUCAAAGGUCAACCAUAACAUGUUUCUGCUCACUGUAGUGCGUAUUGCUAUUAGCUGAAGUCUAUUGUGUUUUAACAACAAUUACACUUCAGGGGUUUGACAAAGUAUUUCAUGUUUGUAGUACCACACAAAGCACAAAGGAUGUUUGUUUGCUGUUGCUAUGCACUGUAACGCGAGUUCCCAAUCUCACGCUAUUCUAGUUAGAUCCAUCAUAAAGUAAUUAUUACAGACUA